UGUAAGUUUUUCUCUGGCCGCAGAAUUUCUAAAUCUACACGCAAGGAGAAAUCAAUUUUCUCGAUAGGAAUAUAAAUUGCCGAGUUCCUGCCGAAUCCGAUUAAUGAACUUUCUGAAAAGUGGCCUCCAAACAGUGCUGGGUUCGCAAGAGCCCGGCACUCUACCCACCGGUGCCGAAACCGUGGAGCGUUUGGUUGAGCGUGUCAGCUCUUCGACGUUACUGGAAGACCGUCGUGAUGCUUGCCGGGCGUUGAGGGCUCUAUCGAAAAAGUACCGAGUGGAAGUGGGAGUCCAAGGAUUCCCUGCUUUGCUGCAAGUGAUGGAGAUGGACCGUGCCGAUGCGGAAAUUAUUGGCUAUUGUUUGGACACCUUGUGUCAUGUCACUUCGAGGGAACCUUUCGAAGAGGAAGCAGAUAAUCCGAACAUUACGGUCAACAUUGGAGAACAGUUUACGGAGAUUUUCAUCAAAUCUAGUGAAAAUGUAACCCUGGUGCUGAACAGCUUGGAGGAGUACGAUUUCCGAGUGCGAUGGUCAGCCAUCAAGUUGCUGACCGGUUUGCUAGCGAAUAAGCCUAAGGAGAUUCAGGAGAUCGUGCUGGUCAGUCCAAUGGGCGUGUCGAAACUGAUGGAUCUACUUAUUGACAGUCGUGAGGUGAUAAGGAAUGACGCUUUACUGCUGUUGAUUCAACUUACCAAGGGAAAUGCCAACAUUCAGAAGAUUGUGGCGUUUGAGAAUGCGUUCGACAGAUUGUUCGAUGUGAUAAAGGAGGAAGGAAGUUCGGACGGUGGAAUCGUAGUUGAGGACUGUUUGCUGCUGAUGUUGAAUUUGCUGAAAAAUAAUCCGAGUAACCAGCAGUUUUUCAAAGAGGGUUCCUACAUUCAGCGUUUGGCUCCGAUGUUUGCUAUUCCACCGGAACAGGAAGAGAUGGGCAUGACGCCGCAAAAGAUUUCUAACUUGCUGCGCAUGUUACAGAUAGUGAGAUCGUUGGUUAGUCCGAGUAACUCUCAACAAGUGGUUUCUUCAUGCCAGAAAGCGAUGCGCAGUUCAGGGCUUUUGGAAGGACUUUGCAAUAUCAUUAUGGGUAGCGGUGUAUCGCCGGAUAUUCUCACGGAAACGAUCAACACAGUGGCAGAGGUGAUUCGAGGGGAUGUGAAUAAUCAGGAGUACUUCAAUUCGGUUAUGGCUCCCAGUAAUCCUCCGCGACCAGCGCUUAUAGUUCUGCUGAUGUCGAUGGUUAACGAGAAACAGCCCUUGCCAUUGCGCUGCGCCGUACUAUACUGCUUCCAGAGCUAUCUGUACAAAAACGAAUCUGGUCAAAAUGCGCUUGUUCAGACAUUGCUUCCGUCGACAGCACAAGUUUCUUCACUAACUUCCGGGCAGCUACUCUGCGGAGGAUUGUUCAGUACCGAUCCUCUUUCCAACUGGUUUUCAGCGGUAUCGUUGGCACAUGCUCUUUUGGAGAAUCCAACUCAAAAGGAACAGUUGCUACGUGUGCUGUUGGCUACUUCGGUUGGAAGUACUCCGGUGUCACUCCUUCAGCAAUGCACGCAGCUGCUUCAACAAGCCAACUGUAAAUUCCAGAGCAAGGUGGCACUGCUGAUGUUUUUGGCCGUCUGGUUAAGCCACUGUCAACUGGCCGUCAAAACAUUCCUAUCGUCUCCGGGAAGCGUAGCGUACCUGAUUGCGCAAAUAGCUGCCAACGAGCACGACGACAAUGAAUACCUGAUUCAGGGUCUGUGCGCCUUUCUGAUGGGAAUUUGCAUCCAGUUCAACGACAACAGCGUUCAGGGAAGUAAGCGGGAAGAUCUUUGCCAGCUGCUGAUCAAACGCAUCGGACUGGAAACGUACAGCACCAAGUUGGGCGAGGUCUCGAAGCAUGAGAACUAUAGUCGAUCAGCCAAGCAACCGCAGAUAAGGAUACGCUCCAGUACGGAUUUACUGUUGGAUUACGAGUUUUGCAAAUUGUUUAAAGCCAUGGAAUCUGUCAUCACUAUUACGGUAAAUGGUUACGGCAGCGGAGCAGAAAACAUUACCGAGCUAACGCUAAGUCAGGAGGCAUCCGGAUUGGUAGGACAGUACAAAGAUAUCAUACGAGAUCAAGACAGCCGACUGCAGAAAUUGCAAGAACAAAUGAAAAAUGUUGAAACUGAAAAUAUGCAGUUGAAGGCACAACUUGAACAAGCGCAAAACACCAACGCUCAACUUUCGGAUCAAAACAUUCUGCUAAAGGCUCAACUGCAAGCAGCGUCGGAUUUGCAAAAAAGCCUACAGCAAUCUCCAUUCCAUUUGCUUCCCACGCAAGGAGAGAACCUGAAUCAUCAGGUGGAGGUCCUCGAAGGCCAACUGGCGGCGCUCUCAGUGCAACAACAGGAACAACAGUCGAGAGUGAGCUACUUCGAUACGGAAAACAGACGGCUGUUGAGCGAUAUGGAAAAACUACGACAGCGAGUCACCGAAGCGGAAAAAUCCGCCGAAGAGGGCAAGAGCGACUUGGAAAAGUUGCAAAAGGACCAGGAAGACUUGAUGGAGCUGCUCACUGAUCAGGAGACCAAGAUGAGAAGCUAUCGGCAGUCGUUGAAGAAGCUAGGACAAAAAGUAGAAGAUGAUAGCGAAGAAGACGAACCAGAAGUGGAUGGCAACGAAAUCGUUUCGUUGCAAUAAAGUAUUCCAAAUGGCUAUACACUAGUUUUAAUGAUUGCUUGCAAUUUAUCUUUAUUAACCUACGCAUUUAUGCUGUAAAAUUAUUGCAUGUUUGACACAGGUAGCCAAAUCGAAAUAGUCAAACCAUGCGAAGGAGGUGAGUUGCAUAUUUUUCAUCCGCUUUGCAGAAUACAAUAUUCAAAUAUCACGGUGCAUUAAAUUGGUAAUGAAUUUGGUUUUAGAUUGGUAGAGAAAAUCCACAGCAUUCA